AUGGAAGACACCACUGUUGUCAGUAUUUCCGGGCUCCCGUUCGACCAGACGGAAGAGCAAGUGAUGGAGAUAGCUCGCUCGGUGGGCCCUGUUGAAGAACUUAGACUCAUCUUCGACACCAUGACAGGAAAGUCUAAAGGCUCAGCCUACGUUAAGUAUAGUGAACAUGAAACGGCCGCCUCCGCUGUGCGCAACUUGAAUAAUCUUAUGGUGGGAACCAGAAAUAUCAAGUGUAGUUUUUCGAGUGACCAGUUUAUUUCUGGCUCGAUGGGAGACAGCGAUCCCAUGAACCAGAUCCCUCCACUUCCUUUGGGAAUGCAAAUAUAUGGUAACCAGAACCCAGCACAGGUCAUAGCAAAUGCUCUCUCCUCGUUGGACCAGACGGCGGCAUACCAGAUCAUCAAGGACGCCAGACAAAUGAGUAUUGAUAAUCCACCAUUGAUGAAAAGGUUGUUGGAGCAGGCACCACAACUCUCGCAUGCGCUAGUGGAAAUAUGUUUACUACUCAAUUUGACCAACCGAGACCUCGUUGAGCUCUGUCUCAACCGGAAACAGAUGGCUCUUGACGAGUUGACCGAUGAGCACGCCGAAUUGUUGCGACAGAUAUAUCGACUCACCGAUGAGGAAACUCGGUCGCUCACAGCGGACAAACGCAGAAUUAUAACCAGCAUCAAGGAAGAAAUAGAUAAUGGCAGCUACGGGCAAAUAUUGGAGACCACUAAUGCAUGA